GCUUUUCUUUCCUUGAUUUUCAGUUCAUUCUACUACUUUUCUGUUCGAAAUAAGAACUGUCUUAAGAAGGAAAAUCAAAAUGAAAGCCUCAACCCCCCUACUUUUCCUAUCCGGGGCCCUCGCCGCCCCGUCCGGCGACGUCGAAGCCCGUCAGUCCUGCGCUAAGCUGCACGUUAUCGCCGCGCGCGAGACCACCGUCCCCCAAGGCUUCGGUAGUUCGCAGGCCAUGAUCCAGCUGAUCCAGGGAGCGUACCCCGGGACGACGUCCGAGGCCAUCGUUUACCCCGCAGCAGGCGGCGACGCCUACGGGUCCUCCGUGACGGCGGGGAUCAAAGCGGUAGUAGACCAGGUCUCGGCCUUCACCAAGAAGUGCCCGAACACGACCGUCGUGAUGGUGGGCUACUCGCAGGGCUCGCAGAUCAUGGACGACGCGUUCUGCGGCGGGCCCGACGGCAGCAGCCUGAGCGGGACGGCGGCGCCGCUGCCCGCCGACGUCGGCACGCACGUCAAGGCCGUCAUCUUCAUGGGCGACCCGCGCAACGUGCCGGGGCUGAGCUACAAUGUCGGGACGGCGAAGGCUGGUGGUUUCGCUGCUCGACCCUCGGGUUACCAAUGUCCCGUCUACGCGGACAGGAUCCAGUCGUACUGCGACGCUGAGGACCCAUACUGCUCUAACGGCAACGACGCGCAGCACCACCAGCAGUAUGUCCAGAUCUACGGCCAGCAGGCUCUCGCCUUCGUUAAGCAGAAGGUCGGCUCCGUAUGAGAAAACAUUAUUAUACUGACACGUGUGUAUCUAAGUAAAUCAGCUAUGGACGAGGACUGGGGAAAGGAGUAUAAAAACAUCAAUUGUAUAUCGUUUAGGCGGUACCAGAUAGGUGCCUUCAUCAAUUCAAAAUCCACAAGUAUAUGUUAUCGACAACCCGUUAAAAUAGGAGUUCAUGACUAUAAAACCGCCUAGGUUGCUGACAGAAAUUAUGAUAUCUGAAGAUAUCAUGUUACA